CGGGUGGCGGCGCAAGCGAGGAGCUAGCUCUCCGCCGUGCUAAGGAACGAGGCGGUGCUACCCCAGCGGACUGCAGUGCAAGGCGGCAGCCAGCCACCAGGGCCAGCGUCUCGCAGCAUCUCUGCCACGCGUGUCGGCAAGCGACUGCUCCAUGAAGCCGCCCUCGACUCAGGGCAGCCCAGCGGCGGUGGCGGCCGCAGAUCCUCCCGGGCAGGGGCAGAGUCACCCCCACCCACGCUCCCGUCAUCUGAGCUCGCUGUGCCCGCCCCCAGCCCCGGCCAUGGACUCGGCGGCCGCUGCAGACCUGACGGACGUGCUGUGCGAGUUCGACGCGGUGCUGGCCGACUUCGCAUCGCCCUUCCACGCCCGCCACUUCCACUACGAGGAGCACCUCGAACGCAUGAAGCGGCGCAGCAGCGCCAGCGUCAGCGACAGCAGCGGCUUCAGCGACUCGGAGAGUGCCGACUCACUGUACCGGGACAGCCUCAGCUUCAGCGAUGAGAAACUGAAUUCGCCAACGGACUCCACUCCAGCUCCGCUGACUUCCUCCGUCACUCCUCGGAAAGCCAAAUUAGGGGACACCAAAGAGCUGGAAGACUUCAUUGCCGAUCUGGACAGAACAUUAGCAAGUAUGUGAAGAAGUGAGAGGUUCGGGGUCCUUAGGCCGCAAGAGUGAAACUCCCGAAGACUCCAAGGACCUGGCAAAAUCAGCUACUGGGAUCUGCUGCUGCAGGAGGGGACAGAGCCAAGGCCCCCAUGGCCGUCCUCGGCUCACCCUAACAUUUGCCGUGGGGCCCAUCUCUGGGCAGCCCAGACAGUAGAACUGACUUGUUUACCUGCCUGCAGCAUAUUUCAACAGAUGACCUAUCUAAUGUGUUUUCACUCCUUAAACAUAGCUCUUCUAUAAUUUAAGAUGCGUUUAUGGAAAUAUUUGUAAUUACUUAUAUAUAGUUGGAGACCGUAAUAAGCUUUCCCCAUCAUAAUAUAUUUUUGUAUACAAAUAAAGUUUAAACUGGAAUCUA